AUGAAUAGAUUGAGAGCCAACUGUGGUGAAGGAAAAAGAUUAAGGGAUUUAGAGGAAUUGAACAACUUUCACUGCAUGAUCAACGAAGCAACCAGAAUCACUGCUCAUUCUAAGUCAUUCUUGGAUGUUAUUCUUACGAAUCAUCCUGAUUUGUUCAAGGAAUGUGGGACUUACGAGCCCGAAAUUAGUGAUCAUCGAUUAAUUCAUGGCGAAUUGAAGGAGAAAGUUCAGAAACAUAAUACCGAGACUACAAUCUUCCGACAAACAAAGAACACUGAUUUGGAAAAGCUUAAUCAGUAUAUGAGUGAAGCCCUUGGCACGGUGGAGACAUUUUCAGCAACAUUGACGAUAAGUAUGAUU